AUGAUUUUUCUUUUUGCCGCGUCUCGGCGAAAAUCGGCUUUCUUUCUUCCUUUUUUUUUUUUUCCUUCCUGGGAAGAUCUUUCCUUAUUUUUUCCACGUCUUUCUUUUCCUUUCUUUCCUUCCUUCCUUCCUUCCUUUCUUUUUCUUUUCCUUCCUUCCUUCCUUCCUUCCUUCCUUCUUUUUCUUCCUUCCUUCCUUCUUUCCAAAAUUUUCCCUUUUUCCUUUUUCUUUCCUUCCUUCCUUCCUUUUCCUUCCUUCUUUCCUUCCUUCCUUUCUUCUUUUCUUCCUUCCUUCCUUUUCUUUCUUCCUUCCUUUUUUCCUUUCUUCCUUCCUUCCUUUCUUUCUUUCCUUCCUUCUUUCUUUUCCUUCCUUCCUUCCUUCCUUCCUUCCUUCCUUUUCCUUCCUUCCUUCCUUCCUUCCUUCCUUCCUUCCUUUUCCUUCCUUCCUUCCUUUUUCCUUCCUUCCUUCCUUUUCUUUUUCCUUCUUUCCUUCUUUCCUUCUUUCCUUCUUUCCUUCCUUCUUUCUUUUCCUUCCUUCCUUCCUUCCUUCCUUCCUUCCUUUUCCUUUUUUUCCUUCCUUCCUUCCUUCCUUCCUUCCUUUCCUUCUUUCCUUCCUUUUUUCCUUUCUUCCUUCCUUCUUUUUUCUUUCUUCUUUUUUCUUCCUUCCUUCCUUCCUUCCUUCCUUCCUUCCUUCCUUCCUUUCCUUCAUUCCUUUUCUUCCUUCCUUCCUUCCUUCCUUCCUUUCCUUCCUUCCUUCCUUCCUUCCUUCUUUUCUUCCUUCCUUCCUUCCUUCCUUCCUUCCUUCCUUUUUUCUUUCUUCCUUCCUUCUUCUUCUUUCCUUCCUUCCUUCCUUCCUUCCUUCCUUCCUUCCUUCCUUCCUUCCUUCCUUCCUUCUUUUUCUUUCUUUCUUUCCUUCCUUCCUUCCUUUCUUCCUUCCUUCCUUCCUUCCUUCCUUUUUCCUUCCUUUUCUUUCUUUCCUUCUUCCUCCUUCCUUCCUUCCUUCCUUUUUCCUUUUUCCUUCUUCCUUCCUUCCUUCUUCCUUUCUUUCCUUCCUUCUUUCCUUCCUUCCUUCCUUUCUUUCCUUUUUUUCUUCCUUUCUUUCCUUUCUUCCUUCUUUCCUUCCUUCCUUUUUUUUCUUUCUUCCUUUCUUCCUUCCUUCCUUUUUCCUUCCUUCUUCCUUCCUUCCUUCCUUCCUUCCUUUUCUUUCUUUCUUCCUUCCUUCCUUCCUUCCUUUUUUUCCUUCCUUCCUUCCUUUUCCUUCCUUUUCCUUCCUUCCUUUCUUUCUUCCUUCCUUCCUUUUUUUUUUUUCCUUUCUUUCCUUCCUUCCUUCCUUCCUUCCUUUUUUCUUCUUCUUUCUUCCUUCCUUUUUUUUUUUCCUUCCUUUUUUUUUCCUUCCUUCCUUCCUUCCUUCCUUCCUUUCCUUUUUUCCUUCCUUUUUUCUUUCUUUCUUUCCUUUUUUUUUUCCUUCUUUCCUUCCUUCCUUCCUUUCCUUCCUUUUCUUCCUUUUCUUUUUUCUUUUUUCCUUCCUUCCUUCCUUUUCUUUUUUUCCUUCCUUCCUUUCCUUCCUUUCCUUCCUUCUUUUCUUCCCUUUCUUCCUUUCUUUCUUUCCUUCCUUCCUUCCUUCCUUCCUUUUUUUUUCCUUCCUUCCUUUUUCUUUCCUUCCUUCCUUCCUUCCUUCCUUCUUUCCUUCCUUCUUUCCUUCCUCCUUUCCUUCCUUUUUUCCUUCCUUUUCCUUCCUUCCUUCCUUCCUUCCUUUCCUUCCUUUUUUCUUCCUUCCUUUCCUUCUUCCUUUUUUUUCCUUUUCCUUUUUUUUUCCUUCCUUCCUUCCUUCCUUCUUCCUUUUUCCUUUCCUUCCUUCCUUCCUUUCCUUUCUUCCUUUCCUUUUCCUUUCCUUCCUUCCUUUCUUUCCUUUUUCUUUCCUUCCUUUUUCUUCUUCCUUUUUCCUUCCUUUUUUUCCUUCCUUUUUUUCCUUCUUCCUUCUUUCCUUUUUUUUUUUUCCUUCCUUUCCUUCCUUCCUUUCUUCCUUCCUUCCUUCUUCCUUUUUUUUUUUUCUUUCCUUCCUUCUUUCUUUUUUUUUCCUUCCUUCCUUCUUUUUUUUUUCCUUUCCUUCUUUCCUUCUUUCCUUCCUUCCUUCCUUCCUUCUUUCCUUCCUUUUUUCUUUCUUUUCUUUCCUUCCUUCCUUCCUUUCCUUCCUUCUUUUUUUUUUCCUUCCUUCCUUUCUUUUUUUCCUUCCUUCCUUCCUUUUUUUCCUUCCUUCUUUUUUUUUUUUUCUUUCCUUUCUUCCUUCCUUUUUUCCUUAAAUUUCCUUUUUUUCCUUUUUUCCUUCCUUCCUUUUUUUCUUCCUUUCCUUCUUUUUUCAUUCUUUCCUUUUCCAUCCUUCCUUCAAUUCCUUCCUUCCUUCCUUUCCUUCUCUUCUUCCUUCUUCCUUCCUCCUUUUCCUUUUCUUUUCUUUCUUUCUUCCAUCCUUUCUUUCUUCCUUCCUUUCUUUCCUUCCUUCCUUCUUUCUUUCCUAUCUCUUUUCAUCCAAUCCUUCAAUCCUUUUCCUUCCUUCCUUUAA